GUCAUGUGACACUCAAAGUCACGAGAACUGAGGCACCUCUUUAGCUAGUCGAUUCAUGAUACUUUCAAAGAGUCUCUAUUGAUAGCUGUACCACUACACACGCUAAGGAUGUCUGCACGAAGAAAGGUCUUACUGAAGGUGAUCAUUCUGGGAGACAGUGGGGUGGGAAAGACCUCACUAAUGAAUCAAUAUGUCAACAAGAAGUUCACCUCUCAAUAUAAAGCUACCAUUGGAGCUGACUUCCUAACCAAGGAGGUGAUGGUGGACGAUAGACUGGUUACAAUGCAGAUAUGGGACACUGCAGGUCAGGAGAGAUUUCAAAGUCUAGGAGUGGCCUUCUAUCGUGGUGCUGAUUGCUGUGUUCUAGUGUUUGAUGUCACCAACCCUAACUCAUUCAAAACCCUCGACUCAUGGAGAGAUGAGUUCCUCAUUCAAGCUUCUCCCAGAGAUCCAGAGAACUUCCCUUUUGUCGUACUCGGCAACAAGAUUGACCUAGAGAACAGACAGGUUCCUAAGAGACGCGCUGAGAACUGGUGCGAUUCUAAAAACAACAUCCCCUAUUUUGAGACGAGUGCCAAAGAGGCCAUUAACGUGGAGCAUGCCUUUCAAAAGAUUGCUAAAGAUGCUCUUGCUAAAGAGAAUGAUGACAUCUACAAGCCACAAGUUAACACUGUGCCUGACAUUCGAUUGGACGGAUCAGCUCCAGCUAAGAAAGGAAAAUGCUGUUAAUGUAGUUGACUAUGUACAGAGACUAUUAUUACUUGUGUUAUUAUUAAUUAAGUUCUGUCAUUAAUUGCAUGCAUGCUCUCUCUGCAAGGUUGUCUUUGUGUUAUCCUGAUUUGUGUAAUCACCUGUUGUCAGCGCAGGUCUAUUGUACUGCACACAAGCUAGGCAUAGUGUAUGUAUGUAUGUGGUGUUUUUAAAUUUGUUGAGUGGUCAAAGAAAAA